AGCACAGAGCUCUACAAACAAAGGCAGGGUUAUCACAUGUACCCGAGAGCUGCCUGGGAAAAGCGGGAGCUAUAGUUAUCAAAAUUUUAACCUUUAUGAAGUAUGCUUUUGUCUCCGUUUUUGUUGCGUUCAAUCAGAUCAACAAGUGUUGGCUAAGUGUUGAGCGUGGUUUCCUGUGGGAUUGUGUAAGGCUCUGUAGGACAAUAAAUGUGUUGGGGGCACUGAGUAAUGUAGCCAUUUCUGACCCGGCAGCCAGGAAAAUGUGAAACAAUUUGCUUCUGGAAACAGGACAGCUGGAGCUGUGUUCCUGCAAGAGCAGACCAACCACCACGGCGGACCCAGGCAAGCACGGAACAAGCCGAGAUGGAUGAUAAUAUGGAUACAAAAUCUAUUCUAGAAGAACUUCUUCUCAAAAGGUCACAGCAAAAGAAGAAAAUGUCACCAAAUAAUUACAAAGAACGGCUUUUUGUUUUGACCAAAACAAACCUUUCCUACUAUGAAUAUGACAAAAUGAAAAGGGGCAGCAGAAAAGGAUCCAUCGAAAUUAAGAAAAUCAGAUGUGUGGAGAAAGUAAAUCUCGAGGAGCAGACGCCUGUGGAGAGACAGUACCCAUUUCAGAUUGUCUAUAAAGAUGGGCUUCUCUAUGUCUAUGCAUCAAAUGAAGAGAGCCGAAGUCAGUGGUUGAAAGCAUUACAAAAAGAGAUAAGGGGUAACCCCCAUCUGCUGAUCAAGUACCAUAGUGGGUUCUUCGUGGACGGGAAGUUCCUGUGUUGCCAGCAGAGUUGUAAAGCAGCCCCAGGAUGUACCCUCUGGGAAGCAUAUGCUAAUCUGCAUAUUGCAGUCAAUGAAGAGAAAUACAGAGUUCCUACCUUCCCAGACAGAGUGCUGAAGAUACCUCGGGCAGUUCCUGUUCUCAAAAUGGAUGCACCAUCUUCAAGUACCACUCUAGCCCAAUACGACAACGAAUCAAUGAAAAACUAUGGCUUCCAGCCACCAUCUUCAAGUACCACUGUAGCCCAAUAUGACAGCAACUCAAAGAAAAUCUAUGGCUCCCAGCCAAACUUCAACAUGCAGUAUAUUCCAAAAGAAGACUACCCUGACUGGGGGCAAGAAAGAAAACUGAAAAGUAGCAGCAGCAGUGAAGAUGUUGCAAGUAGUAACCAAAAAGAAAGAAAUGUAAAUCACACCACCACAAAGAUUUCAUGGGGAUUCCCUGAGUCAAGUUCAUCUGAAGAAGAGGCAAACCUGGAUGAUUAUGACUGGUUUGCUGGUAACAUCUCCAGAUCACAAUCUGAACAGUUACUCAGACAAAAGGGAAAAGAAGGAGCAUUUAUGGUUAGAAAUUCGAGCCAAGUGGGAAUGUACACAGUGUCCUUAUUUAGUAAGGCUGUGAAUGAUAAAAAAGGAACUGUCAAACAUUACCAUGUGCAUACAAAUGCUGAGAACAAGUUAUACCUGGCAGAAAACUACUGUUUUGAUUCCAUUCCAAAGCUUAUUCAUUAUCACCAACACAAUUCAGCAGGCAUGAUCACACGGCUCCGCCACCCUGUGUCAAAAAAGGCCAACAAGGUCCCAGACUCUGUGUCCCUGGGAAAUGGAAUCUGGGAACUGAAAAGAGAAGAGAUUACCUUGUUGAAGGAGCUGGGAAGUGGCCAGUUUGGAGUGGUCCAGCUGGGCAAGUGGAAGGGGCAGUAUGAUGUUGCUGUUAAGAUGAUCAAGGAGGGCUCCAUGUCAGAAGAUGAAUUCUUUCAGGAGGCCCAGACUAUGACAAAACUCAGCCAUCCCAAGCUGGUUAAAUUCUAUGGAGUGUGUUCAAAGGAAUACCCCAUAUACAUAGUGACUGAAUAUAUAAGCAAUGGCUGCUUGCUGAAUUACCUGAGGAGUCAUGGAAAAGGACUUGAACCUUCCCAGCUCUUAGAAAUGUGCUACGAUGUCUGUGAAGGCAUGGCCUUCUUGGAGAGCCACCAAUUCAUACACCGGGACUUGGCUGCCCGUAACUGCUUGGUGGACAGCGAUCUCUGUGUGAAAGUAUCUGACUUUGGAAUGACAAGGUAUGUUCUUGAUGACCAGUAUGUCAGUUCAGUUGGAACAAAGUUUCCAGUCAAGUGGUCAGCUCCAGAGGUGUUUCAUUACUUCAAAUACAGCAGCAAGUCAGACGUAUGGGCAUUUGGGAUCCUGAUGUGGGAGGUGUUCAGCCUGGGGAAGCAGCCCUAUGACUUAUAUGACAACUCCCAGGUGGUUCUGAAGGUCUCCCAGGGCCACAGGCUCUACCGGCCCCACCUGGCAUCGGACACCAUCUACCAGAUCAUGUACAGCUGCUGGCACGAGCUUCCAGAAAAGCGUCCCACAUUUCAGCAACUCCUGUCUUCCAUUGAACCACUUCGGGAAAAAGACAAGCCUUGAAGAAGAAACUAGGAGUGCUGAUAAGAAUGAAUAUAGAUGUUGGCCAGCAUUUUCAUUCAUUUUAAGGAAAGUAGCAAGGCAUAAUGUAAUUUAGCUAGUUUUUAAUAGUGUUCUCUGUAUUGUAUAUUAUUUAGAAAUGAACAAGGCAGGAAACAAAAGAUUUCCUUGAAAUUUAGAUCAAAUCAGUAAUUUUGUUUAUGCUGCUCCUGAUAUAACACUUUCCAGCCUAUAGCAGAAGCACAUUUUCAGAUUGCAAUAUAGAGACUGCGUUCAUGUGUAAAGACUGGGCAGAAUUGAAAAAUUACUUAUUGGAUAGUCAUUCUUUUCUUUAUAUUGUCACUGUCACAACAAUUAAAUAUACUACCAAGUACAGAAAUGUGGACAUUUGUCUUCAUAUUUCAAUGUUUUCAAACUUCAGUAGGCAUGAUGAUAAUCAAAUGCAGAGUUUAUGAAAAGAUUCCUAGAAACUACCUCCAUAAAACCUGGCGGAGGAGGUCUGAGUGCAGCCUGUGAAUUUGUAUUUUUAGCAAACUCCCAGAUGUUACUGAAGCAGUUGUUCUGAACUGCCCUAGGGGACCACAUUACAUGGUGGGGUAUCAUUAGGUGGUCCAUUAUUCAAUCCAAAUGGCACAAUUCUCUCCUAAUAUCCAGAUUAGUACAAUGACUCUUAACGUCAUGUAUAAAACUAAAGUUAAAUAAUAGCAAAUAAUAUAUUAAAUAUGUUGCACAUAAAGCAAGUUUUUUAAGAUGCUAAGGUAUGAUUUCUAGAAUUAAUUACAUUGUUGCUUUCUAAUCAUUUUAAAUCCUUGAGUUUGGGGAUCUGGGGCUUCUGGCUAGUUUGAAAACUGAAGUUAUCAGUCUGCUAUCUUAACAUAAAAAUACAGAAGUACUGUUUUAGCUUCUCAUGCCUAUUACUAAAUAGUAUUUCAGCUUUAAAACUGCACCUGGGGAUGCCCUUCUUCACGGCCUGCUACUGAACUCACUGGUUUGAACCUCUUUCCGAGUCUUCCCUUGUCUUUUCUAUAAUGUCAAGAAGGGAGAGACUGAUUUUGUAGAGGGCACCAUUCCAAUGAAGAGACCCCCCAAUUAUAUAUACCCUGCUGCUAUUUUCCAGAGAUCGGUCAAUAAUCUCUCAGAGACAUUUAUAUCCUCUCUCAUCCCACUCUGUCCUUCAGCCACCAGCUAGUUCCAAUGUUCCCUCUUGCUUAUUUGUUUCUUGACAUUUCAUUAAUAAUUCCUUCAUUUCAACAGAGAAUUGACACUCGUUAAGUCUUCUAUUUUUUACAGAGGCACACAAAUCUCAAUUUAUAAUGAAAUGUAACUCAAAAUAAUCACUAGGGCAUUUGUAUAUUUUAUUUUUGUAGUUUUUUUUUUUUUUGUAGUGUUGACUGUAUGCUAGGUUCUUUCCUACCCAAGAGAAAAGAAAGACCAGGUGACCCAAACCCUCUGUGUCAAUGGACCCACAGUCCGAUGGGGGUGCCAGCCUUUCCUGCACCACGGACUGUUUCCCCACUCAGAGGAUGAGCUCAUGCACAAGCUGGCUCUUUCUGGUCUCCCUCUUGAAGAUUUUUUUCCUCUCUUCUUCUUAUUUUUGUAUAUUUACCUUUUAAAAAUAAUCCUCUUUAUAACAAAAUACACGCUUGUAGCAAAAAUUCAAACAAUACAGAAUUGUUUACUAUGAAAAGAGGCCAAAGCCCUGCUUAGAAGCCUAGCUGCAAAAAUCAAGUCAGGCAACAAUUUAAGGUACCACUAGAGGUUUAUCAGAAAACAAGUCCAGUGAUGCUAGGAGGAGCCAAGUAAAAGAACACUAUUCAUAGUAUUUCAAACAUGCAUAAUGAUUUUUUUAAUGCUGUAUAACUGUGUUUAGUGGUGAUAUCCAGAAUUUAUUAUUGUUAUCUUAAACCAAGAGUCUGCCUACGCUCUUUUAGCAGUGAAGAAAAAGGAAGACUAUGUGGUAAGAAACGUUCCCAAAGGGCAGGCUGCAGAGCAAGUUCCGAUAAGUCACUUGCUAGGUAAAAUCCAACAGAUGCUCCCCAGUCUUGCUGAGCAUUUUCUGACCUGCCAGAAGUCAAACACAAAGUCAAGAGGGUCUGGCAAAACUCACCUCACAUCUACUUGAGUUCAUUAAGAUUCCAACACAGUAGAUUUAGCAAGUUGAGUUUCUCAGUUUUUAUUCUAUCUUGGGAGUGGGUUUAUGAGGAAGAGAGAUUGGACUUACGGCCCCAUCUUUACCUAAAUGUGGAGGGAGGAGGGUCUUAAAUGAGGAAGAAUAGUUCACUGAGAGACACCAGAGAAGAGGAAGCUAGCACCUGCCCUUUCUGGCCUGAUCACUAUGUUUCUCUGGUCUGUGAGCUCCACAAUGGCCCUUUUGCAUUUGCAGUUUCAUUUAAUCCUUGCUUCCUUAUAGCCCAGGGUUUGGCGAAGUUUGUUUGUAAAGGGCUUUGUGGGCCAUGCCGUCUCUACUUCAACUACUCAGUUCUGCUCCGUAGCAUGAAAGCAGCUCUAGACAAUAUGAAAAUGAAUGGGUGUGGCUGGGUUCCAAUAAAACUUUAUUUAUGGACACUGAAA